CUAUAUACACAAUACUCAACAGGAGAGCGCCCGCCUUCUUCAGCUCUCAUCAGACGUGAGAAAGGCUCGGAUCCCUGAAGUCAUAUUUUCUGACCCCUUGAAGCCCCGCCCCUGCGUAGUAACAAUAAAAUCACUUAUCGCUUUUGGGGAGAAUGCUGUACAGUUGCAGUGAACUGGUGAAAGUGGGAAGAGCACAUUCAUCAAGCAGAUGAGGAUCAUCCACGGUGCCGGUUACUCCGAUGAGGACAAGCGGGGUUUCACCAAGCUCGUCUAUCAAAACAUCUUCACGUCCAUGCAGGCUAUGAUCCGAGCUGCAGAGACGCUGAAGAUCCAAUACAAAUUAGACUCCAGCAAGACUAAUGCCAACAUUGUUAGAGAGGUGGACGUAGAGAAGGUCACCAGGUUGGAGAGUCCUUACGUGGAUGCCAUCAAGAACCUGUGGAGUGACCCCGGCAUCCAGGAGUGUUAUGACCGAAGGAGGGAGUACCAGCUCUCAGAUUCCACUAAAUAUUACCUGGACUCACUGGACCGGAUCGCCCAACCCGUCUAUCUUCCCACUCAGCAGGACGUGUUGAGGGUUCGAGUCCCGACCACGGGCAUUAUCGAAUAUCCAUUUGAUCUCCAGAGCGUCAUAUUCAGGAUGGUGGACGUUGGGGGUCAGAGGUCGGAGAGGAGGAAGUGGAUCCACUGUUUUGAGAACGUCACAUCCAUCAUGUUCCUGGUCGCCCUCAGCGAGUACGACCAGGUGUUGGUGGAGUCGGAUAACGAGAACCGGAUGGAGGAGAGUAAAGCUUUGUUUAGAACUAUAAUCACAUACCCCUGGUUCCAAAACUCCUCUGUCAUUUUGUUCCUGAACAAGAAAGAUCUGCUGGAGGAGAAGAUCAUGUUCUCCCAUCUGGUCGACUACUUCCCAGAGUACGACGGACCUCAGAGAGAUGCUCAAGCAGCUCGAGAGUUCAUCCUGAAGAUGUUUGUGGACCUGAAUCCCGACAGCGAUAAGAUCAUCUACUCUCACUUCACCUGCGCCACCGACACGGAGAACAUCCGCUUCGUCUUUGCAGCCGUCAAAGACACGAUCCUACAACUCAACCUGAAGGAGUACAACCUGGUGUAGAGAGCAGCUCCUCCCAGAAACAGUGACUGACUCAAUCUGUGAAAAGAUAGCUUUCACACACACACACACACACACAGACACAAAUUCACGCUUACAAAUUAUCUAAGGAAAACAAAAUCUAACGGUUGCAUAAUACUAAUUUAUUUGCCCUUUGUUGACUUCUUGCUGUGUGAGGGGUUUCAUUUUGCUAUUUAAGGAGCUCCAUCACAUCUGCCUUUUUAUAAACAACCUUUCUUUUUGUAACCCUCCUCACCUAUCAUCCUUUCCAAAGGUUCUGCAAGAAGCUUAACAGGAAGUGAUGUAACAUUUCUCUUAUCUACCGCCUCUUUUUUUUUUUUCUUCAUUUUUAUGCACCUGUUGGCAUGUCCCUUGUAAUGUUGCCAUAAACUGUGAUUUUUAAAUUAUUUGAGAUUGAUUUGACAUUGAUUGACUUCAAUCAUUAUCCUUGUCCCAGUGUUUCCUUGCUUUGGUACCAUUCAGUGAUUUGAGCACAUCUACUCCUUAUUCGGACACAAACGUGAAGUUCAGGAUGAGAAGGAGAAACGGUCUGAGCGACCAGGUGUGAAGACGCCUUCCACAGACUGCCGGGACGAGAGGGGUUCUUAACUUCUGUCACAUUUGCUAAAAGUGUUUACUGUAAACCGUGCCACACAGAAGCUUUUUCUUUCAAAUUGUAAUUAUUACCGAUGCCAAAACAACUCGAGCACAAGAAUGAGGAAAGAAAAGAGCAGGAGCAACAGACUGACAUGUUGAUCGGCCAUCUGAAUCCUGCAGGUUCUGAAGUGUUCACCGUCCAGUCCAAUCACAGCUUAGCAGUAUCUCUGUGUCCAAUCACUGCCCGGCUUUCCAGACUGUUGUAGCUGAAUUAGAAAUGGAGAAUAAAUCUGGUUGGUUGUGUUGAUAAUUUUCCGUAACAGUUGCUACGUAAAGAGGCAAAAAAAAAAAAAAGGGCAGUGUUGAUAUGCAGUUUGUACCAAAGUAAAGCCCUUCUUGUUUUUAAUUGGCACUUCUUUACAAGCGACUCUCAAUUUACUUUGGAGUACCUAUAUUUUUUAAUUAUUUCCCUGCAACAUAAGCCUGUAAUUUACGUUUAUUGAGGCAUAGUGCAAUUAUGAAUGCUUUAAUCAUUGUAUAUACAUCUCACUUUCUCAAUAUAUAUAUAAAUAUAUAUAUAUGUAUGUAUGUGACAGCAUCUUUGUUGGCUUUGUAAUCAUUACUUUUUUGGGCAGAUUGAAUGUUCAGUAUUGAAAAUGUGUAUCUGUGUAAUUGUUUGUCCAAUGGCUAACUCGUUUUUUUGUAAGAGGAAAAAGUUAUUUGCUUGUUCUGCUUUUGUUUCCUUUCAUUUGUCAGAGGAGAAUGUACAUUUUUGCGUUACGUUGCGUUCAUUUCUCAUCAAGGAAACAUUAUUUACCUUCAGAAUGUGGAACAUUAGUAUCAGAUUAGUGCAAGUCGAAGCCUUUUCCUUAAAUUUACAGUUCUUCUCCUCGUCUUUGAGAAAUGGCGACCUGAAUCAGAACUACACGACUAAUUCUAACAUUUGAACUCUUAGCAGGCUUCAGAUCAGAGCACUUUUUUCCUGACAUGUAACUCUUUGAUUCUGGAGUCUUUUUAAUAAGUAUUGAUGAGCUUUGGAGCCUCCUCAAUACAUGCUGUGGUCCUGAACAUGCUUCUCACCCCUUCACAUUAAUAGCCAACAUGUUUCGUAGGAUCAGAACCGUGGAGCCAAGCUGAGAAGGACGGCAGGAGAGCUGCUGAGUUUAAGCGUUUUUGAAGAUGAUGAAAUUUUCUGGGAAGCUUUCCUGCUUACUGAGACAAAGUCAGCGUUGAAAUCAGGUAAUUAAUGUACAAAAAGUCAAGAAGAAUGAACCAUUUAUUGGUUCUUUUCAAAUUCCUUUUUUACUCUUUCAUCUCGAUCGCCACAGUUUCAUUAGAAUGCACAGUAUUUGUUCUUUUUUUUAAUUUAUAAAACGAGAAAAAUACAGUUUCAUGUGUACAUAUUGCCUUAUAUUAAGCUGUGCCUCUGAAGUCUCUCACAAAGGCACUUUGGUUUUUUAUUGUUUGUUUUUUUUUUUUUUUUGUUUUUGUUUUUUUUCUGAGAAGUGAAGCUAAAGCAGCUGAUAAUGUCUCGUAAUUUUUGCUUUGGCUUGGUGUUUUGUUUUGUUUUUUUGUUUUUUUUUUGUAUUUCCACGCUGUGAGAAGCUCUGGGAACAGCUCUGAUUUGUAGCUCGUGUGACGUAACAGCAGGACAUUUUGAGCACAUCAUGAACAAACUGGAAUCACAUUUCUGUUCAUUUCUGUUGUCGCAUCUGAUUCAUGUCUUAAAUGUUUCUACCACAGUGCAUUAUGAUGCAUUGAACUGCUUGGACACAUUAAAACAGCAUGGAGACAUGCAGAAUGAGAUUUUUCUUAAUGCAAGUUUCCACAUUCAACUUUAUUUUGACAUCCUUUUACCAUGUCAGCAGAUAAAAAGCAACUCUUUUUUUUUUUUGGGAAGGCUGGGGAAUGUUUUGGAUGUUUAAGAUGUGGUUAAAAGAAACUUUACACAGCUAAUGACCAACCCAAAUCUGGCAUUUUGCACAAUUUUACAUUUAUUGGCAUUCCUGGCACAGGUUUAUAAAAUGCUUUUAAAUAAAUAGAUGUUUUAUGGCAAAGCUUAAAAUCGCACUUACUAAAACGGCUUGGAUUUUUUAAAAAUGUUUUUAUUUUACUUAUUGUAAAAUUAUUGUUCUGACUGUAAAUCUGAGCAGGUUUACGUCGGUAUUUAUUCUCUGAUGCUGUUUUGUGAGAAUCAACACAUCUGCCUUACUUGAAGGAAGAGGGUUUGCUUGUCUUCCCCAUUUUGGCGAGUGUCCAAGAAAAAAUGGACUUCCUUCAGGUCAUAUUUACACCUGAGUUGAAACAAUAAUUAAACGUUCCUGAAUAGUCUGGAAAAUAAAUAACAGACCUUUAUUUAAUAGGAAGGGUGAUUUUGUUUUUAUAUAUGGGAAAAAUGUAUUUAAAUAAUUCUCAACUUUGAGGUGUCUAUGUGACAGAAAAUGAUUUGUAUAUCUAAAAACAAAACAAUGUAAAACAAAUCACUAUUUACAUUUUAAUAAAAAUGUGGCAUAACAAAAAUAAUAUGUUUACCCUUCUCAAGAAUUGUUAUUAAAAUCUCUAUUAAUAUCACACCAAAAUUACCCCACUAUUAUUAUUAUUAUUAUUAUUAUUAUUAUUAUUAUUAUUAUUAUUAUUAUUAUUAUUAUUAUUAUCUUUUGAAAAUUUAUUUUAUUUAUUUAUUUUUUUGCAUGUCCAUCAGAAUUUUGACUAUUUAUGUUUGCUGAUGGGCAGAUUAGGUGGGAGGCCUCCUCACCAUCACCCUAAUCUUUAGCUCUCUCCACAGAUUCUCAGAUCACACUCGAAUCCAGACUUUAGUUAGGCCAAUCCAAAGUGUUAAUUUUACUUCCAGUCUAAAGAGACGACGUAGUAAAAUCAAAACACUUCAAAGCUACAAUAUGAAUAAUUUUGGCCUUUAUUUUCUUAAUGUUGGAUUGUUUUCCUCUUCUGUUUAAAAUCUGCAGAGAAUAAAGGGUAGAUCUUAUUUUAUAAAGUUAUUUUAUUUAUUUUUUUGGUGUGAGGUCACGCUACCAAAAAGAAAGACUGAUUCCCUUCAAAGCUUUUCAAGCAACUUCACCAGGGGUGCCAAUAAGUGUGUUGGGUGGUGCAGGUGGAGUAUUGACUGUAUUUCUGGAUCUUUGCCUCUAAAUGAGGGGUCGCUCUGAAGCUGGCGUCCCGUUUCAGACUUGUCAGUGCUGCCGAGUCCUCGGUAAGAAAGUCAGAAACUUGUGUUGCUGCUCUUGUAAAGUGGCUCUUAAUGCUUCCCUCUUACUUAACGUGAAAAUCUGUCCACAUGCUGGGUGUGAGCAGACACACCGUGAUCUUACUUGAGCCCUGUUGGAUCACACAGAUGAGUGUCAGUGCAUCUCCACUGUUUCGGUUCUCUUCAUGUAUUAUUACACUGUCACAAAGUAACAAAACGGGAUUGUUCUUGUGCAAAUGUAAAAGUGUGAUUGAAGUCUGUGAUCAAUAUGAGCGAUCUCUUCAUGUUCAUGCCUUUCUGAGCAAGUUUCCCCCUUUGUAUUGAUUUGUUUUUCCCCUUUAAGCAAGCAGCUGAUGCAGACUUCACUUGUUUGGCCUCUGCUGUUCAGAUUUCCUGCGUUAUGUUUCAGAGCAGGUCCGUGUGUUGAGAACUGUUUGAUUAAAAAGAAGUUCCCAUGAACUGCUCUUAAA